UAUUCAGGUAUGGACCGUAAUCCAUCACCACCACCCUUCAGUGAUGCAGAGGAAGAGGAAACAGUUGCUGGGGACUCCAUUGGAAAUACAGUCUACAGCAAGCAUUGGCUGUUCGGUGUCCUGACAAAGCUAAUUCAGGUUAUUAGCCCUAAAGAGGGUGAUUCUGAGUUGAACAAUGUGGACGUUCAGGUGGACCUAGAUGAAGAUAUGGAGAAUGACAUUUGCAAAGUUUGGGAUAUGUCAAUGGACAAGGAUGUUGCUUUAUUUCUUCAAGAGUUUAAUGCUCCUGAUCUAUUUAUGGGAGUUUUUGCCAAAUCAAAAUGUCCUCGGCUUACUGAAAUCUGUGUUGGAAUACUAGGUAAUAUGGCCUGUUGUCGAAACAUAUGCAUGUCCAUUAGUAAAGAUGAGAACCUUGGGCAGUUGAUAUUGCAGCGUUUAUGUGAUUCAGAUCCCCCAACUCUGCUUGAAACAAGCAGGUUGUUGCUGACUUGCCUCUGCCAUCCUGAGGCCGCCAAUAUUUGGGUGGAAAGAAUCCGAGGAAGUCCGUCAGUGUAUGACUGUCUCUGUUUUAUUAUGUCUAGCUCUACAAAUGUGGAGUUGCUUGUGAAAGUGGGUGAAGUAGUCGAUAAGUUAUUUGACCUGGAUGAAGAACUGCUGCGAAACUGGAUUAAAAAUGGUGCUCAUCAGGCAGCAGGACAGCCUGGAGAUGAUUCUCCAAAAGAAUGUCCAGAUUUUAAGAUCGUACCUUGUCUUCUUGAAGCUGCAAAACAAGUCUGCUCAGAUAACAAUACAGAAGGACUUGAUGUCUAUAUGCAUAUCCUGCAGCUGCUUACUACAGUAGAUGAAGGCAUUCAAGCUAUUGUACAGACUACGGAUGGUGGGAAAGAAACUUGGAAUUUGCUGUAUGGUCUCUUUUGUAAGGAGCUCUGCCAGCCAGAUGACCCACCAAUUAUUGUUCAAGAACAGAAGACAGUGUUGGCUUCCAUUUUGUCUGUGCUGUCCGUCAUCUACUCUUCACAAAAGGAAAAGGAAUAUGUCAAGAUAGGAAAAAAUAUGCCUCUGAUUGUUAGCUUGAUUAGAGUGUUACAAAACAUGGAGGAAUGUGGGAAGACGUCCAGAGAUGACUCCAAAGAGUCAGAGACUGAGGAGCCUGUGGAAGACUUCCAUUUAAAAAUCUUGAAGGACAUUUGUUGUGAGCUGCUCUCCAAUAUAUUGCAAGAACUGUCUAAGGAAAACGUUUUGGAAGGGCUCAAGCAAGGCCAUCUAAAUGAACAGAAAUGUUCCUGUGCAUUUCAAAAUCUCCUCCCUUUUUAUUUCACUUCGGUGGAGAGCUUUUUAGAAGUGCUGCGUGAAGCUGACCAGUCUCUUGCUGAUACCCUAGAAAAAAGCUUCCCUAGCUUGAAACUCCAGACAUAGGAACAACUGAAAUAUAUUUUCUUUCAAGAAAGACUGCGAUUUA